AUGUUAACAAAAACAUAUAACGGUUCGACAUCACAACAGCCAACAAAUUAUCAUAAUCAUCAUCGUCACCAUCAUCAUCGAUCUAGGCGAUCAUCGCCUGCAUUGUUCAUUGAUGAUAAUACCAAUCAACACUUUGAUAGCAAUACUAAUAAUAGUAGUUACCAUCACGCACCUAUCCCAACUCCAUUACCUUCGUCGCCGUCAAUUCAAUGUUCGGCUUAUUUCUUUCAUCGAUUCGAUUUGGAUAAUUAUGCAGUCUACACACUACGUCAAACAGUUGAUAGAGUUGUAACAGGGCCGAAAUCAAAAGGAUUGAAAGUAAAGUUAUCUUUACCAGACGAAGGUUUAAUUAUUGACAAUGUACCAGACCCUAAUCAAUCGUGGAUGUAUAAAAUAUCCGAAUUAUUAUACUUUUGGCGUGAUCCCUACUAUACAAACAUAAUUGUGAUCAUUACACUCAACCGAUCGUAUUAUCAGUCAUCGGGACCUUUUUCAGCAUCGAUAUUUCGUCUACGCGGUAACGAAUCUGUUCAGCUAUUCAUUCAGCGAGCACAACAAUUUUUCGCUCAAUUAUCAGUACCUCCGAUUUCAAGAAAUCAAUCGAAAAUAUUCAUGCAGCAGUCUCCCACAACCGAAAAUGUCAAUGGUGACAACGACAGAAGAACGCCUAAACGAAAAUCUAAAAAUCGUUCAUCACAAGUAAGUCCUGCGCGUUCACCUGCUGGUGGGACCUCACGCACAGAAUUCGAACCAAGAAAAACAUUAGAUCCGAACCGAAGUUUUAAUCAGUAUAAUCGUCGAACAUAUAGUGAAACAACUGUAUUAAGUGAUACACAAACGAAUAAUUCAAUAAAAUACGAUAAUCACUACAAUGACGAUCACCAACGAACAGCGCCAAGUCAUCAGUUUUCCAGGGAUUUAGUUGCUGAGUUAAUGCGUGAAUUAAAAGAAAUACGAAGUGAAAUAGCCGAAUUAAAGCUAGAAGCAAGAUUCACACCCGUACGUGCAACAAGUACUAGUCCAUUUUCUGCAUUUGCUGACGAUUCGAAAGAAACUCUAUAUUCACCGCCAUCAUUUUCGAAAGUACGAUUACAAUCGGAUAUGGACGCUGAAACGCAAACUGAUCUUAGUUUGAAUAUUUCAAAGCCACAAGAGACAUCGGGAAAAAAUCAUAAACAUAAAAACAGUCAACCGAAAAAACAUUCGUCGUCGACAAAUUUGAACAAUAAUGAAAACGAUCAUGAAGAAGCUCUUUUAGUAAAAUUCCAUCCAAUCAAUGGUACAUCGAAUGGACAAUGUUCUCCAUCUAUUCAAGAAGAAUAUCAGCGAAAGCCAACUUUAAUCAAACCACGUCCGAUAUUAAAAUUAUCUGAAACUGAUGUUGUUGAUUCGACAUUGUAUGCAUCAUUAAAUAAAAAUCAAUCGAUUUCAAAUUCUGCUGAAGAAGAUUCAUCUUUAAAUAGGACAUCUGUUAUUAUUCAGAAAGAACAACCAAAAGUUCUUUCUACAAAGGUUUCUUCUUCAUUAUCAGCGAAAAAUGGAGAUGUUAUAAGUUUUCGUUCACCAAUAGACGAUACUAUUUCAGCUCCUGAACAUCAUUAUGAAAAUCUUCCUGUUAUCAUUCGUAUGAAUACAAAUCAAGGUUCAUAUUAUAAUAUUCCCAUUGCUAAUGGGAAUGAUUCACAAGAAAAACAUCAUCAAAUUUAUGUUAGUAUUCCUGAAGGUCAGAAUUCUGAACUUCAAAAACAAUAUCUUUCACAAUUAUUUGGAUCAUCCAAUGGAAUAGCAUUACUUAUACCACAGCAAUCAAAAGAAAAUACGCAAGAAACAUAUUCUCAACAAAUUCUUUUUGCUGAUCAUUUAACAAAUCCAUUAUUUAAUAUUGAUAAACAAUUAUUAGCAAAUACAAUUGCUAAUCAAUUUGGUGUUGAUAAAAACUCACCGUAUUUACAACAAUUGAUUGCCAAUCAACAUUUAUUUGUUACAGAAAAACGUACAUUUGCUAAUAUGGUUUGGCAAAUGACACCGGAAGAAAUCAAUACUCUAUGUUCAUCACCAAUUACAACAUCAACAAAUAACAUUGAUAAAACGACAAUUUAUACAAAUGGUUCAAUAUCAAAAUCAAUAUUAAAAUCGAAUAGAGUUUCACGUUCGAUAUCAAAAAAACAACGCAUCACUUGGGAUAGGACAUUAGAAUAG